AAAAGUUUAUUUUGUUUUUUAAUUUUGUUAAAUUAUAUUUAUUUUUUUGUUGCAAUAUCUUUUCUGAUACUUUUUCCCGUAAUUCAAUCGAUUACCUGAUAUAAAAGUUAUUGAUUGAUCUUUUUUGAUAGUUUUCGUAAAAUGUACCAGUAAUUUAUUUCGUUUCGAAAGACUGAAAAGUCUACGAUUGAAAGAAAAAAAAUGUUAUCAUUAGCAAGAUUAACUAUGAAUCGUCAAAGUGUUUCAUAUCGAAUUUUCUGUGGCAAAUUUCUCGGUUUUCAAUCAACUAUACCCAAUCAAUAUGGAUCGACUAAAUCUAUUAAAUUGUUAUCAUCAUAUUCGUCUUACAUUCGUUUUCAUCGACAAAAGCGUUUCAGUCCAAUUCUCUAUUUUUCAAAUGAAUUCAGUUCAAUCAGUGAAUCUAAAAAUACUGAUUAUUUAUCCGGUACCUUAUCAUCACGUUUAGUCGAUCGUUUACCCGAAAAAAUUCGUCCAUUUGCACGUUUGAUGCGCCUUGAUAAACCGACUGGUACUUGGCUUUUAUUAUUACCUUGUUGGUGGAGUAUAGGCCUCAGUACGACGGCCGGAUCAUUACCAUCUUUAUCACUGAUGGGUUUAUUUGGUAUAGGUGCUGUGAUGAUGCGUUCAGCUGGUUGUAUUGUGAACGAUAUCUGGGAUCGUCGAUUUGAUCGUAAUGUUGAACGUACACGUUUGCGUCCAUUGGCUUCCCAACAAAUCGAUCUAACCGAAGCCGUUGCCUUAUUAUUCACGUUAUUAGGUUCUAGUCUAUUAGUUCUUAUACAAUUUGAUUUGAACAGUAUCCUUCUCGGUGCAUCCAGUUUGUUAUUAGUGGCAUCAUAUCCAUCAUUCAAACGUUUCACUUAUUGGCCACAAUUAAUUCUUGGUAUGACAUUUAAUUGGGGUACAUUACUUGGCUGGUCAGUCAAUACCGGUGGUAUGAUGAAUAUUAGCACUGUAUUACCGUUAUAUAUGGCUGGAAUAUGUUGGACUUUAAUAUAUGAUACAAUCUAUGCACAUCAAGAUAAAAUGGAUGAUCUUGUUCUUGGCCUAAAGUCGACAGCAUUAAAAUUCGGUUCGAAAACUCCUAGAUAUCUGAAUGGUUUUACAGCGAUGAUGACAGUGUCAUUGCUUUCUUCCGGUAUCAUAACCAAUCAGACAUGGCCAUUUUAUCUAUCUGUUGGAAUUCUGACUGCCGGUUUGAUACGAAUAAAUCGACAACUAGAUGUUGAUUCCAUUCAAAGCUGUGCACGAGCUUUUCGCCAAAACACGCAAAUUGGUUGGAUUCUUUUAUUUGGCAUUGUUACCGGUACAUUAUUGAAACCUUCCAUUAAUUGUAAAGAUGUUAAUUUGUCCCAAUUCUGAUCUCUAAGAGCUUAUUUUAAGCUUGCUUAUGAAUGAUCAUUUGUAUCAUGUUUCUCUUAUUACAGACUUAUGUAUUAAAUUUUUUA